AAUCUGCGGGCAGCUCGUUUUCCACCGGUCCGGUGGAAUCUUCCUCGCCCCUAUGGCAUGCGCUGCUUCGAGGGCUGCUUCGGGCGAAGGCUCGACGAGGUCGUCGUCGUUUUGGUGCGGCUGUCGCCCUCAGAGCGCUGGAGCCGGUGGAAGGAGGCGCUGCGGCACCUCCCGUCGCAAGCGAAGCCGGCGAGGGGGCGGAGCGGCAGCUGGCAGAAGCUCAUUGAGGCGGACGUGUGCCGUACCUGGCUGGCCCCUCCGGAGCAACGGGCCGCGCUGGCGCGGAUCUGCCGCGCCUUCGCGGAAGACGAGCUGGGCUAUUGCCAAGGCAUGAGCUUGGUUGCUGCGGUGCUGCUACUGGUGGCCCAAAACGAGGAGGAGGCAUUGCAGGCCUUCUCAGGGCUCAUGACUCGCCUGCAUAGCUUCUACGAGCCGGGCAUGGUGGGCCUGCAAAGGUCUAUGUCGCAGAUUGGUCGCCUGGUGAAGCUGUGGCUGCCACAGCUGCGAGCGCAUUUGGAGGCGGAGGAACUGAUGCUGGAGCAGGUUUUGCAGCCAUGGCUGCUGACGCUCUUUGCCAACUGCCUGCCACUGGAGGCGCUGCUGGAGCUCUGGGACGAGCUGCUCUGCGGGCCGCUGCCGCUGGAGCCCGCGCUGGCGGCGCUGGCGCUGGGGCUGCUGGAGCUGAGGCAAGAGCAGUUGCUGGCCAUGUCCGGGCCGGAGAUGCAGAAGGCGCUGAAGUUCCUGGACUGCGAUCAAGGCUCCGCCCUGCGAGUGCGCAGGCGGGCGCCUCGUCUCACGCCACGAGUGCCCGAGUGCCCGAGUGCCUGA